AUGGACUUCCGAAUCAGCGUUCAUCCUUACAAGGUCCGGGCUUGCGCUCCUCUUGUCUGCCCGCCUCCUGUCCCUUCCCUCUCUCGUCCCUCUUCUCCUUUCAUCCCUCCCUUCUCCCGUCUCUCCCCUCCUUUCAUCACUUCCUUCCGCCUGUCCCUCCCCUCCUCGCUUCUCUCACCUAUUCCCUCUCCGUGCCUACCCUCCUCUUCCUCCCCUUCCUCACCUUCCGCUCCCUCCCCUUCCUCUCCCUCCCUCCUCUCCCUCACCUCACCCUCUUCUCCCUCCUCUCCCUCACCCCCCUCUCCCUUCUCACCCUCCCAUACUCACCCUCCUCUCUCUCACCCUCCACUACCUCCUCGCCCUCCUUACAUUCCUUACCCUCCUCUCCCUCCUGAGUUUUAG